UAAUUUAGACGAAAUAGGUAAACGCUAGUCCGAGACCUUAUAACUUGUCCUGAUCCUUUAUUUUCGUGACUGUUUGUCAUAAGUGGUCGUUGACGCUGAAUGAUGCGCUGGUCCUCGUUAAUCUUCAUCGCCCUGUUGGGUGGCUCCUUUACACUACUCGAAGGAGCGCCAGCUCCCGAAACAACCAAGUUGUCGCCAUCUACUGAAGAUGAAGACAAGAAUAUUUUUACUUGUAACCUUUGCGAGGACUUUGUCAACGAUAUCUACGAGCUCUUACGAAAUGGAACAGUAACCGACGAGCAAAUUGUCGAUUACAUUGUCGGAAUCUGCAUCCGAUUGGAUAUUUUUGCCAAUCCCGAUCAAGUUUGUGGUGGAAUGGCUCGCAUCGCUCUGCCAACUAUCAAGUACAUUGACAGCACCGACGUGGUCAAUGUCGGCAACGUCUGCGGAAUGCUCCUGCAGGAUCAAAACUGCCAAUUUUCCGAUGUGCAACAGUUGGAAUGGACCAUCGACCUCAACGCCGAAACUAAGCCGCCAGUGAAUCAACCAAGCCAACCUCCGGCAGGUUCACCAACUGUCAAAGUGCUACACUUGGCCGACAUCCAUUGGGAUCCGGAAUACCUGGCUGGAUCGAAUGCCGAAUGCGGAGAUCCGCUCUGUUGUCGUGAAACUUCGGGGGAAGUUGUCAACGUCACAGCCGCCGCCGGUUACUGGGGGGAUUAUCGCACCUGUGAUUUACCCUGGUAUUUAGUAGAAAAUGCAGUUUCUCAAAUGGCUGCACUACACCCGGAUGUUGCUUAUAUCAUCUGGACGGGAGAUUUGACUCCUCACGACGUCUGGUCAACCGCUAAAGACGAAAAUAUCAUGAUCAUUGAUCGUUUAAUGACUCUGAUACAACAACAAUUUCCCGGAGUUCCUGUAUACCCAACCUUAGGGAACCACGAGUCUCACCCAGUCAACACUUUUGCUCCACCUGAAAUUACUGAUGUUGAGCUCAACACUGCCUGGCUGUACGACGAAGCUGAUAAGCAAUGGGCUCGAUGGCUUCCGGCGGAAGUCUCGGCUACCAUCCGUUACGGAGGUUUCUAUACCGCACUGGUCCAGCCCGGUCUACGCAUAGUUUCGAUGAACAUGAAUUAUUGCUACACACUCAAUUAUUGGACAUAUUUCAAGUCACAAGAUCCAGCCUCCAGUCUUCUUUGGCUUAGUCAAAUUCUAGAGGAAGCGGAACUUAAUGGCGAAAAAGUUCAUAUUCUCAGUCAUAUUCCACCUGGCAAUGGCGAUUGCUGGACGAUUUUUAGUCGAGAAUUCGCCAGAAUUAUCAAUCGAUUCGAAUCGACUGUGGCAGCUCAAUUUUACGGCCACACCCAUAAAGACGAAUACAAAAUUUUCUACGACACGGUCGACGUCGCUAGGCCUGUUAAUGUGGCCUUUAUCGCACCCAGUCUUACCACUUAUUCUAAGCUCAAUCCCGGGUACCGGACUUACACUGUCGACGGACCAAGAACCAAUUCCACUUGGGCCGUACUUGACAUCAACACGUACAUCAUGAACCUGACGGACUCUAAUCUAAAAGGUUCCGAAGUCGAUCCGGUUUGGUUUGAACUCUAUCAAGCUAAGCAGGAAUAUGGACUUGAUGAUUUAAGUCCGCAGUCGAUGGACACACUCUUCCAACGGAUGGUGACCGAUGACGCUCUUUUCCAGCUCUAUUUCAAGAACUACCAUAAGAAUGCGGAUCAGGUUGUAGCCGAGGGUUGCACAGGCCGCUGUCGCUCGAAUAUGCUAUGCCGUAUCGUCACCACCGACAUUGCCGACCAAAGUAAAUGCGAUCAGAUUCGUCACCAGAUUUUCAGCCAUCCCGAGUUUUGAUGAAACUAUAGCUAUAAACCGCUGUCUGUAUUAUUUGUCUACAUUUUUAGCCUAUCGUCCAAUAAAAAUACGAGUUAUGCAUGUCA